AUGGGCGCUGUCUCGAAGUUGGAAGGCGACCUUUCUUCUGGCGAUUGGGUCGUUAUCCAAGGGGCAGCGGGCGGCCUGGGGCAUCUGGGUGUGCAAAUUGCCUCGCGAAUGAGAGGUUACCGAGUCAUUGCGGUUGACUCAAGUGGUCACGAUCAGUUUUGCCGUGACAACGGAGCCGAAGUAUUCAUCGAUUACACGAGGGAAGAGGUUGACAAAAAGGUCAUGGAGUUGACAGGGGAGGGAGCCCACGCCGUUCUCGUGGUGCCUGAGUCGGAAGACGCUUACAUCACGGCACCCAAAUUGGUCAGGUCCAUGGGAACAAUUGUGUGCGUCGGGUUGCCUCGUAACGAUUUCGAUAUUCCCAUACCAGUCACCUUGUGUGCCCUCAAGGCUCUGAAUGUCAAAGGCGCCAUGGUCGGGACCGAGAAGGAGAUGUCUGAGCUAUUGAGGGAGGCUGCCAAAGGUCGCAUUCGAGCGUCCGUCGAAUACUUCCAUAUUAAUGACACGGAGGAAAUCGUAGGGCAGUUGAUGAACCAGGAGAUGUAUGGAAGGGCUGUUAUCACUGGCAUUUGA